UCUAAUUUCAGUGCUCUGAACUCCAAAAUGGAGCGCCUUGCCUCUUCCCUAUUCCUAAACCCUAACCCUAAGCCUAAUUUUUACCAAUUUCACUUUCCAGGUUUCAAUUUAAAGAUUUCUGGUAAAUCAUAUCUCUCUAUCAUGAAAUCUUGGGUUUCUAUUAAACCCUUCUUUUGUGCCAGUAAUUCUAGGGUUUCCAUUACUCCUCCUCCGUUAGACUUCGAUUACCGGGCGGAGACCUUCACUGAUACUAUAGACACUGUGUCAGAGAGGUACCCUGAGCUACUAGACUUAGUUGAGAGUGGUAAUUUGGUGUUAGUUAAGAAAAUGGAAAGGGGAAAUGGAGAACCAGAGAUGAUUUGGGUGAUUGCAACUUCUCAUGUUUCGGUGGAAUCAGUGAUGGGUGUUUCUCGUCUGGUUAAAGCUGUGAAGCCAGAGAAUGUGGUGGUUGAGCUUUGUAGAAGCAGAGCAGGGAUAAUGUACGCUCCCAUGGAAUCUGGUGAAGUGAAGGCUAGUCCCAAGAUGAACGCAAAUGUGUUUUCUUUGAGUGGGUCAAGCUUUUUUGCUGCAGUGAAUCGUAGUUUAAAUUUGGGGGGUCAGUCUACUCUUGCAUUUCGAUUGCUUCUGGCAGCUUUCUCCACAAAAAUCUCCUCUGAUAUUGGCAGGCCUUUGGGUAAUGAGUUUCGUGCUGCUCGCAAGGCAUCUGAAGAGGUGGGGGCUCAAAUAGUUUUGGGGGAUCGACCGAUAGAAAUAACUCUUGGAAGGGCAUGGGGUGCUCUUAACUGGAGGGAGAAACUCAGGUUAGUUGGCGUGCUUCUUCGGGGAAUAAAUGCUCCUUCAUUGGGUAUGUCAGAGAACACCAUUGAGGCUUCAGAUUCAGAUGGUAAUAUAUCUCAAAUUUACAAGGACCUCAGUGUUUUAUAUCCUUCCCUUCUCCAACCUCUUAUCCAUGAGCGAGAUGUGUAUCUUGCAUGGUCAUUGAAGAGGAGCAAAGCAGUGAAGAACACUAAGAGUGUGGUUGGGGUUAUAGGGAAGAGCCACAUGAAGGGUGUGAUUUAUGCUUUAGUGAGUGAUCAGGGGAGCCUUCGGUUUCGAGAUCUCGUGGGGAAGCGGCCAUCCAAUCCAAAUGGUUGGGUUAAUUCCCUUUUGAAGAGCUUGGCUAGAGAUACAGUCCUGGGCUUCAUUGGUUGGGCACUGUAUGAACGAUUGAAAAGUGGACUGUAAAUUAUUCCUUCAUGGGAAAUAUGUUAUAAUCCAAUGGACUACGGUAUGUUCAAGUCCAAAAUAUUGGGACCAGCCAGUCUGAUGCAUGAACACCAGGGUAGUUCUUAGUCUUGUCUCAGAGUAGUUCCUACUCUUUGUGAUUCUCGAUUCUUGCUUAUUUCUAUAGUCCAUUGGAUUUUAGUACACUUUCUCUACAUUCAUUUGUUGAUAAGAAAUGAAUUCAAUAUGUCAUUCUUAAUCA